UCGCAGGUCUGUCAGCUCGGUAAACUGCCCGGCACCGAUUUCACACCGGACCUACUGACCAGAACUCCUCAGAGUGGAUUUCACUGACAGAGAGUGAUUUCUUUUUUGGUGUUUUGCUUUUUUUGUUUUUGUUUUUUUUUUCUCGAGUGUUUAUUUCAUUUUUUUUUCGUGAUGCUCCAGAACAGUGAUUAAGUAUAUUGCAGAGAUAAAGCGUAACAGCUCCUGAAAAGCUCCCGGUUUGGCUGGAAAUGACAAGCGGUAGACCGGUGACAAUGCCGGGCUCGCUGUCGCUCUCGGACCGACAACCUCCUCCAGGUCACGGGCAACACGCGGCUGCAGUCUCCGCUGCGGCCGGUGAGACAGUGAUGAUGUCCGGAUCAGGUUCAGUGGUCCUCCCGGCUGGGAUUAUGAAUCCAUCGGUUCCUAUCCGGAAUAUCAAGAUGAAAUUUGCCGUUCUUACCGGACUGAUCCAGGCUGGAGAGGUUAGCAACCGGGAUAUUGUUGAAACGGUGCUGAAUCUGUUGGUGGGUGGUGAGUUUGAUCUGGAGACCAACUUCAUUAUCCAAGAUGCGGAAAGCAUCAGCUGCCUGGUGGAGCUGCUGGAGCACUGUGACAUCACCUGCCAGGCUGAAAUCUGGAGCAUGUUUACCGCGGUCCUUCGAAAAAGUGUUCGAAAUCUGCAAACGAGCACUGAAGUGGGCCUUAUCCAGCAGGUGUUGCUGAAAAUGAGCUCAGUGGAUGACAUGAUUGCAGAUUUGCUAGUGGAUAUGUUGGGAGUACUGGCCAGCUACAGCAUCACAGUGAGGGAACUAAAAAUGCUCUUCAGCAUGUUGCGAGGAGAAGGAGGCCUCUGGCCGAAGCAUGCAGUCAAAAUGUUGUCGGUGCUCAAUCAGAUGCCUCAGAGACAUGGUCCGGAUGCCUUCUUCAACUUUCCUGGUCGCAGCGCAGCAGCAAUUGCUUUACCUCCUAUUGCUAAGUGGCCUUAUCAAAAUGGGUUUACAUUCAAUACCUGGUUCAGAAUGGAUCCCUUAAAUAACAUCAACAUGGACAAGGACAAACCAUAUCUCUACUGCUUUCGCACCAGCAAGGGCAUCGGCUACUCUGCACAUUUUGUUGGUAACUGCUUGAUCAUCACAUCUCUCAAGUCCAAAGGAAAAGGGUUUCAGCAUUGUGUGAAGUAUGAUUUUCAGCCCAGGAAGUGGUACAUGAUCAGUAUAGUCCACAUCUACAGCCGCUGGAGGAACAGUGAAAUCAGAUGCUAUGUUAACGGACAACUCGUUUCUUAUGGAGACAUGGCAUGGCACGUCAACACAAAUGAUAGUUAUGAUAAGUGCUUCCUUGGGUCCUCAGAGACAGCGGAUGCUAACAGAGUGUUCUGCGGGCAGCUAGGAGCUGUCUUCGUGUUCAGCGAAGCUCUCAAUCCCGCUCAGAUAUUUGCAAUUCAUCAGCUAGGACCAGGCUAUAAGAGUACAUUUAAGUUCAAGUCCGAGAGUGAUAUUCACUUAGCAGAGCAUCACAAGCAGGUAUUAUAUGACGGCAAAUUAGCCAACUCCAUCGCCUUCACCUAUAAUGCGAAGGCCACCGAUGCCCAGCUUUGCCUGGAGUCUUCGCCUAGAGAAAACGCCUCCAUCUUUGUGCACUCACCGCACGCCCUUAUGCUUCAGGAUGUGAAAGCCACAGUGACUCACUCCAUCCAUAGUGCCAUACACUCUAUUGGUGGGAUCCAGGUUCUCUUUCCCCUCUUUGCCCAGCUGGACUUUCAUCAGCUGAAUGACAGCCAGGUGGAAACAACUGUCUGUGCCACUCUCCUGGCUUUUCUGCUUGAGCUGCUCAAGAGCUCCGUGGCCAUGCAGGAACAGAUGUUGGGAGGAAAGGGAUUUUUGGUGAUUGGAUACCUACUAGAGAAGUCAUCACGUGUACACAUCACCAGGGCUGUAUUAGAACAGUUCCUCUCCUUUGCAAAGUAUCUGGAUGGUCUAACACAUGGAGCACCACUCCUGAAGCAGCUGUGUGACCACAUCCUUUUCAAUCCUGCCAUCUGGAUCUACACCCCUGCCAAGGUACAGCUCUCUCUGUAUACCUACCUUUCUGCUGAGUUUAUUGGCACAGCGACCAUCUACAACACUAUUCGUCGGGUGGGGACUGUGCUUCAGCUCAUGCAUACGCUGAAGUACUACUACUGGGCUGUCAACCCUUCAGAAAGCAGCGGCAUCACACCAAAGGGUCUUGAUGGUCCAAGGCCAACCCAGAAAGAAAUAAUUUCUCUGCGGGCAUUCAUGCUUCUCUUCCUCAAGCAACUCAUCCUGAAGGACCGGGGUGUGAAGGAGGAUGAGCUACAGAGCAUCCUCAACUACUUGUUAACAAUGCAUGAGGACGAGAAUCUGCAUGAUGUGCUGCAGCUGGUGGUGGCCCUCAUGUCUGAGCAUCCAGCCUCUAUGAUCCCUGCUUUUGACCAGAGAAAUGGAAUACGGGUAAUCUACAAGCUCAUGGCCUCCAAGAGUGAAAGCAUUCGCGUGCAGUCCCUCAAAGUCCUUGGGUACUUCCUUAAGCAUUUGGGCCAUAAGAGGAAGGUGGAGAUCAUGCACACACACAGCCUGUUUACUCUCCUAGGAGAGAGGCUCAUGCUACACACAAACACUGUGACUGUGACGACCUACAACACUCUUUACGAGAUUCUGACGGAGCAGGUGUGCACGCAGGUAGUUCACAAACCCCAUCCUGAGCCUGACUCUACUGUCAAGAUUCAGAACCCAAUGAUUCUCAAGGUAGUGGCAACUUUAUUGAAGAGCUCUGCCCCCAGCACAGAGCUGAUGGAGGUUCGCCGCCUCUUCCUUUCGGAUAUGAUCAAACUGUUCAGCAACAGCCGAGAGAACAGACGGUGUUUGCUUCAGUGUUCCGUUUGGCAGGACUGGAUGUUUUCUCUUGGCUACAUUAACCCUAAAAGUACUGAAGAGCAGAAAAUCACGGAGAUGGUGUACAACAUCUUUCGCAUUCUGCUCUACCACGCAAUCAAGUACGAGUGGGGAGGAUGGCGCGUGUGGGUGGACACACUCUCCAUAGCCCACUCAAAGGUGACAUAUGAAGCACAUAAAGAGUACUUGGCUAAGAUGUAUGAAGAGUACCAACGUCAGGAGGAGGAGAAUAUUAAGAAGGGGAAGAAGGGUUUGGUCAGCACCAUCUCUGGUCUGUCUGCUCAAGCCUCUGGCAUCAAGGGUGUGAUCGAGAUCAGAGAAAUAGAUGAUAACUCCCAGACACCUGAGAGUGAGACAGAGUAUGAGAGUUCAGACUCACGCAAUCUGCUGGCUGAAAGUAAAGGGUCUGAAGAGGGUUUCAAAGGAACAGAGGGUUUGGUAGAUGGAGUCCGGGUCGAAGUUCAUGAUCUCCUGGUGGACAUCAAGGCUGAAAAGGUGGAGGCUACGGAGGUUAAGCUGGAUGAUCUGGACCUAUCCUCUGAACCUUUGGGAGUAUCUGAAAAUGGAGCAUUGGUGGAGGUGGAUUCCCUGUUGGAUAAUGUUUAUUGUGCUGCUGUGGACAAGCUAAACACUAAUGUUAACAGUGUGCUGUUGGCAAAAGGCAGCAUGGAUGACCAAAAUGCUGCCCCUCUCAUUACCCUAGAUGAGGACAGCAUUCCUCACAGCAACAGCUUCCUGUUUGGAAAGGUGGCAGGUAGCAUUGAGGACAAGCUACUGCAUGAACUCAAUCCAAAUGAGCCUUUGGUGCUACCCAGCCCAGAGCCACCAGUCCACAACAGUGCCAAUACUGAACUGAGCCUUUUAGUCCACAUGACACGCAGCUCUUUACCCAGUAUCCUGGAGAAGGAUGAAUUUGAACUACAAACAGCCCUGGAGGGUAUCAGCUCUGUUCCCGGUGCUGAGGCUGACGCCUCUUCUAAAAACCUAGAGGUCACUGAGGGGACAGCGGCAGCUGAAUCUGAAGGGGACCUCGUGUCUAAUAAAACCAGCAGCGGUGUAGAUGCAACAACCAACACUUCUGACACAGAAAAAUCAGAUGAUGGCAAAGACAAGGACACGAAGAAGAUUCAGACUACAGCCACAACCCAGAGUCUGCAUGGCCGCCUGAUGACCCAAAUGGAAAGGGACAUACAUGUGGAUCUUGGCUUCAGGGGGACGCCCAUGACAGAGGAACAACGACGUCAGUUCAGCCCUGGCCCACGCACUACAAUGUUCCGCAUCCCAGAGUUCAAAUGGUCAGCCAUGCACCAGAGACUGCUCACUGACCUGCUGUUUGCACUGGAGAGUGACGUCCAUGUCUGGAGGAGUCACUCCACUAAAUCGGUCAUGGACUUUGUUAAUAGCAAUGAGAACAUCAUUUUUGUCCACAACACCAUCCAUCUCAUCUCGCAAAUGGUUGACAACAUCAUUAUCGCCUGUGGAGGGAUUUUGCCCCUUCUGUCAGCAGCCACGUCUCCUUCGAGUACCAAGACUGAUUUAGAGAACAUCGAGGCAACACAGGGCAUGUCCUCAGAGACCGCCAUCACUUUCCUGUCCCGUCUCAUGGUCAUGGUGGAUGUCUUGGUGUUCUCAAGCUCCCUCAACUUCAGUGAGAUCGAGGCUGAAAAGAACAUGUCCUCAGGUGGCCUGAUGCGUCAGUGCCUCAGACUUGUGUGUUGUGUGGCCGUUAGAAACUGUCUGGAGUGCAGGCAGAGACACAGGGAAAGGGGAAAUACGUCUUCCAUUCUCAACAACAAGACUCAGGAAAUCCUGCACAAUGCUACCAGCAAGACAGCCAUAGAGACUUUCCCUAGUAACCUGUCUCCCAUCAAGGACCCCGAUCGCCUUCUGCAGGAUGUGGAUAUCAAUCGACUCCGUGCUGUGGUGUUUCGUGACGUGGAUGACAGUAAGCAAGCCCAGUUCCUGGCUUUAGCUGUGGUAUACUUCAUCUCUGUCCUCAUGGUUUCCAAAUACCGUGACAUCCUGGAGCCCCAACGUGAGACCGUCAGAAUAAGCAGCCAGUCAGGCCGUAGCAUGCGUCAGGAGAUCAACUCACCAACCAGCACAGAAACAGCUCCAACUUUUGAAUGCAGUAAAGACCAUCUUGUACCAUCAGAAGAUUUCCACACGGAAAGCUUUCUUCCCCACACAGACUCUGGGAUUGGAGAGGAGCAGGUAGCCAGCGUCCUUAAUGGGUCUGACGUGGACCACAGCGUUGGAGGGACAAGUGCCGUGAAUGACCUCAUAUCUACACUCUACUCAGAGGUGAACAAGUCCCAGGAGAGCUUGUCUGAAUCCUCUAGUGUGGAGGUGCUGAAACCAACCUCCUCUGUCACCAGCAUCAGUCAGCCCAACAAGGGCAUCAAUGUAAAAGAGAUUUUGAAGAGUCUGGUAGCAGCUCCAGUGGAGGGCAUGGAGGCUGGGGUGGAACCUUUAUCUUAUCCAGACCCUGCUGCCAAGGCCCAGGCCAUGCUGCCCAUGCAGUUUCACUCCUUUGACAGGAGUGUGGUGGUGCCUGUGAAGAAAACUUCCCCUGGCAGCCUAGCAGUUAACACCCUGGGAAGCAGCAGCAGCACCUCUCCAGGCUUGGCAACUAGCAGCACCCCCAACAUCUUUGCUGCUACCUCUGCGACCCCCAAAAGCAUGAUAAACACUACGGGAGCCACUGACGCAGCUGCUUCUACCUCCUCUUCCUCCAGUUUUGUCAAUGGAGCCACGAGUAAGAAUCUGCCGGCCGUGCAGACGGUGGCUCCCAUGCCUGAGGACACAGUAGAAAACAUGAGCAUUACUACAAAGCUAGAAAGGGCCUUGGAGAAAGUCGCACCCCUGCUGAGAGAGAUCUUUGUGGACUUUGCGCCUUUUCUAUCUCGCACCCUGCUGGGCAGCCAUGGACAAGAGUUGCUCAUAGAAGGUCUAGUGUGUAUGAAGUCAAGUACCUCAGUGGUGGAGCUCGUCAUGCUCCUUUGUUCUCAGGAGUGGCAGAACUCGAUUCAAAAGAAUGCUGGACUGGCAUUCAUUGAGCUAAUUAAUGAAGGGAGGUUGCUCUGCCAUGCCAUGAAGGACCACAUAGUCCGGGUUGCCAACGAGGCUGAAUUCAUCCUCAACAGACAGCGAGCAGAGGACGUGCACAAACAUGCAGAGUUUGAGUCAAACUGUGCUCAGUAUGCUGCUGACAGAAAAGAGGAAGAGAAGAUGUGUGACCACCUGAUUUGCGCCGCUAAGCACAGAGACCAUGUAACAGCCAACCAGUUAAAGCAGAAAAUCGUCAACAUCCUCACCAACAAGCACGGUGCCUGGGGCACGCUGGCCCAGAGUCAGCUGCAUGACUUCUGGCGUCUUGACUACUGGGAAGAUGACCUGCGGCGAAGGCGGAGAUUUGUCAGAAACCCAUUUGGCUCCACCCACCUAGAUGUCGUAUGCAAGUCACUGCAAGAGUAUGCCUCUGAGAAGGACGAAGUGGUCAAGUCUAAGACGGUGUUCCGCAGCCCAACUGUCACAACUCAGAACUCUGAGACCGAACUAAUACUGGAUGGAGACGACGAUGCUGUCAGCCUGCUGCAGGAGAAGGAGAUGGACAACCUGGGUGGCCCAGUGGUCCUGAGCAGCCCGGCCCAGCUUGUUGCCCCUGUCCUGGUGGCUCGGGGGACUCUGUCCAUCACCACCACUGAAAUCUACUUUGAGGUGGACGAGGAUGACCCUGCCUUCAAAAGGGUCGACUCAAAGGUCUUACCAUACACUGAGGGCUUGCAUGGGAAGUGGAUGUUCAGUGAAAUUCGCGCAGUCUUCACUAGACGAUAUCUCCUGCAGAACACAGCGCUGGAGGUCUUUAUGGCCAACAGAACAUCGGUCAUGUUCAACUUUCCUGACCAGGCCACAGUAAAGAAAGUCGUUUACAGUCUCCCUCGGGUGGGUGUGGGUACCAGCUAUGGACUUCCACAAGCCAGACGCAUCUCCCUGGCCACUCCUCGUCAGCUUUUCAAAUCCUCCAACAUGACCCAGCGCUGGCAGAGGAGAGAAAUCUCCAACUUUGAGUACCUCAUGUUUCUCAACACUAUAGCAGGGAGGACAUACAAUGAUCUGAACCAGUACCCGGUGUUUCCCUGGGUCCUCACCAACUAUGACUCGGAGGAGCUGGACUUGACCCUGCCAGCGAACUUCAGAGACCUCUCAAAGCCUAUUGGUGCCCUGAACCCAAAGCGUGCAGCAUUCUUCACUGAACGUUAUGAGUCAUGGGAAGAUGACCAGACACCACCUUGUCAUUACAACACCCACUACUCCACAGCUGCCACCACCCUGCACUGGCUUGUCAGAAUUGAGCCCUUCACCACGUUCUUCCUCAGUGCCAACAACAACAAAUUCGAUCACCCCGACCGCACAUUUUCAGGCAUUUCCCGAUCCUGGAGAAACUGUCAGAGGGACACCUCAGAUGUAAAGGAACUGAUUCCUGAGUUCUACUACCUCCCGGAGAUGUUUGUCAACAGCAAUGGCUACCAUCUGGGAAUGAGAGAAGACAGAACCAUGAUUUGUGAUGUGGACUUGCCAGCCUGGGCCAAGAAACCUGAAGACUUUGUUAGGAUAAACAGGAUGGCCCUGGAAAGCGAGUUUGUGUCAUGUCAGCUUCAUCAGUGGAUUGACCUUAUUUUCGGCUACAAGCAGCGAGGCCCAGAGGCGAUGCGCGCCCUCAACGUCUUUCACUACCUGACUUACGAGGGCUCCGUCAACCUGGACAGUAUCACUGACCCUUUGCUCAGAGAGGCCACAGAGGCGCAGAUCCAGAGCUUUGGACAGACGCCAUCUCAGUUGCUUAUUGAGCCACAUCCUCCACGCAGCUCCGCCAUGCACCUGUGUUUCCUUCCACAGAGUCCCCUAAUGUUCAAGGACCAGAUGCAGCAGGAUGUCAUUAUGGUGUUGAAGUUUCCCUCCAAUUCACCAGUAACCCAUGUGGCUGCCAACACCCUGCCCCAUCUUACAAUACCUGCUGUGGUCACUGUCACCUGCAGCCGCCUAUUUGCAGUCAACCGAUGGCACAACACCGUCGGUCUCCGAGGAGCACCUGGCUACUCCCUGGAACAGGCACAUCACUUACCCAUAGAGAUGGAUUCUCUGGUUGCCAACAAUACUGGAAGCAACAAGCGUCAGAUCACAGACCUAGUGGACCAAAGCAUCCAAAUCACCACACACUGUUUUGUCGUGACAGCUGACAACCGCUACAUCCUGGUGUGUGGCUUCUGGGACAAGAGCUUCCGUGUGUACUCCUCUGAGACAGGUAAGCUGACCCAGAUAGUUUUUGGCCACUGGGACGUGGUGACAUGUCUGGCCCGAUCAGAGUCCUACAUUGGUGGAGACUGCUACAUCGUCUCUGGGUCCCGUGAUGCUACAUUGCUACUAUGGUACUGGAGUGGGCGGCACCAUAUUAUCGGCGACAACCCCAAUAACAGUGACUACCCAGCACCCCGAGCAGUUCUCACGGGUCACGACCAGGAGGUUGUGUGUGUAUCAGUCUGUGCGGAGCUGGGCCUCGUCAUCAGUGGAGCUAAAGAGGGUCCGUGUCUGGUCCAUACCAUCACAGGGGACCUUUUGCGGGCUUUGGAGGGACCAGAACACUAUCUGUGCCCACGGCUCAUCUCGGUUUCCAGCGAGGGCCACUGUAUCAUCUACUAUGAGAGGGGACGCUUCUGCAACUUCAGCAUUAAUGGAAAACUGCUGGCACAAAUGGAAGUCAAUGAUUCCACCAGGGCAAUUCUCCUGAGCAGCGAUGGCCACAACCUGGUGACAGGUGGAGACAACGGUGUGGUGGAGGUGUGGCAGGCUUGUGACUUCAAACAGCUCUACAUCUAUCCAGGCUGUGAUGCAGGCAUCCGAGCCAUGGACCUAUCACACGAUCAAAGGACUUUGAUCACCGGCAUGGCCUCUGGCAGCAUUGUGGCAUUUAACAUAGAUUUCAACCGCUGGCACUACGAGCAUCAGAACAGGUACUGACGAGAGGUGGAUACGUGCAGCAGGAGGCUAGUGUGGAGAAUUAAGAGGGAAACCUAUCAACCAGUGACCGAGUUGUGCUACAGAGAAUCCAAGAUGCUGGGGGCAUCAGCACGAUGAAGGACUGUGUGUUCUUGCAUGUGUUCAUCUGGCCUCUGAGGCGAACACAUGUCUGCUGCUAAACAAUCUGGAGUCAGUUUGUUGGUUUUCACCUGAGCACCAGCUGAAGUAUUUACCCAAAUGAGUCAAGCAGGUCUGCUGUUCUGGAUAAGAGGAGACUGAAAUCAACUCCAAUUAACAAAAUUACACAGUUAAGUUAUUAAAACAUACUUAAUGUUCCUGUUUCAACUGUGAAAAUGCGAAACAAAAUGAGGAACAUUUAUACAACAUUUGUAUGGCAGAUACUUGGAACAUUUUUCUAAGAAAAAAAAAUGCUCAACCUGUUUAAAAAAAAAAAAAAAAAAGGACAGUCUAAAGUGUUUCUUCCUUAUAAAGACUCGCAAAGAUCUAAAUGCUGUUAGACUACCCACCAUGUUCCAUUAAGCCAUGUAUAAAUGUUGCAAAGGUUUUCAUUGCUCUUCAGAUAUUAGUUGGUUAGUUCCACGUAUACGACCCUUUUUUGCUUAUCGUUAACAGUGGUCAAGUGUAUGUGUAUGUGAAAAGACAAUGUUUACUGUUAAUUUGUUGUGUUUGAAUGUCUAUAUGGAAAUUCAGUGUGUCCUUUGUGAAAACCGUUUAUGACCAUGUCAUAAAUAUGGAUAUUUCCAUAUUUAUUUUAAAUCGGGGACUAUAUUGCUUAUUAAUGGAAAAUAUGAAAAGAUUGUAUACCGAUUCUAGUUUGUCAUGUGGAACAUGCAUUUAUUUUUAGACAUUUUUUCUUCCAAAAAACAUCAAAUGAUUAAAAUAUCAGAUUUUUUGGAUUGUCUAAUGAUUGUCAUCGUGUUUAUGGUAAAGCUGAAAGUGCCAUUUUUAAAGACAUUCUACAAUUUCUGGCACUGCAGACAUUUAUACUGUUCUUUGUGUAUAUCAGAUUUUUUUAAGUUAUUCUUCUUUUGCAAUUUUCUGUCCUCCAUAACUCCAUGCUCUGAAAGCAAUAUUAUGACAUGUUCGACAAAUAGGUCAAUGAAAGGUAUUCAGCAGUGUAACAAAAUGAUAUAUUAAUGAAGAGGACAGUAGUAUAAAUAUGAGUAUGGUCUAUUUUUGGUGAUAUGAAAGCUAUUGAGUCUGGAUUUAAAUGAAGCAAGGAGAAGUUGAUUUCCAUGAGCUGUCAAUUUAAAUGAACAAAAAUAUGCAAACUGAUGGAGUUAGCGGUUAAUUUUUUAUUUAUUUAUUUAUUUUUCAAACAGGUGCUACAAGACAAACCUACCCAAAGCUGAAUAUUUUGCAUGUUAUAAAAUCCUGAAGGCACUGGUUUUUCUUUCCUGUGAAAAUCGUGUCAUUAUUGUGAAUAAAAAUGUCAUGUCAUUAACAAUAUAUCCGAAUGAAGCAGUUCAUUUUUAUUUCAAUCAGUACACAGUAAAAUGAUUCUGCAAAUGUUCCAGGAGGCUGUGUCUGGAGCUGAAACAAUUAGGUCAAAACUGGCAACUGUAUGCUGAAUUUCUUUUGUUGUUGUUUUUAAUAAAAUUGAUUGCUUACACUGUAGUCAGCUCAAGAGUAAUUCUUGAGAUUUUACUCAUGUCUGUGAUUAAUCUAUAAUAAGGC